AUGGCAGUUUGUGUAAACAUGACCAAUGUCACAAGCCUCCUCACCUACGACGACCUAAUCCCAGGAACAUCCGAGUGGCACAGAGGCGGCAAACCAAGAACAAACGUCAACCUACCCAACGGAGUCAGCUUCCAGCCCUACCCCUACAGAAAAGCCGGUCGACAGAUCGGUCUCGAUGUUGGCAUCGGAGCAGGUCUCACCUCCAACUGGUCAGAGCCGCAGCGAAAACAGGAGAUUGCCUCCCUCUCCUUCAACGGAACAGAAAGCCAGAAAGCCGAACUGACGAGCGUUUUCCUCUUGUAUUCUGAUCCCAUCCGGGCGACAGAGGUGAUGUUUCACUACUGCGUCAACAGAUACAACAUGUCAAUAUCGGAAAACGUGCCCAAGAUCCAGCUUUUGGAGUCUAGUACAAAGGUCGAGUAUCACGAUGCUGAACACUCUCACAUGUACAAAACUCUUGUCGAUCCUCAAAACUCGAGUGUGACGUACAAAUUCGGGUCGGCGUCUAAUCACUUUCUUACUGGGAUGCUGAGGGAUUUUUUCAUGGAGAAUUCCACUGAUAGAUCGAUGAUGGGGACGAUGAGGGAUAUGUUUUCUGUGUUGCUGUAUCAGCUCCCUUUUUCGAAGGGGAACGACGAUAGAGAGGAGAGGGAUGAGCAGGGGUUAGAUGAUUUUGGGUAUGAUGUUGUUAGGAAUAUGUCGUUGAAUGUUAUGUUUGACAGCACGACGCAAGCUGUUUCCAGUCUGGUCAGUGGCACGGCUUGGCAGGAGGAGAGGUUGGGGGUGCCGGUGGUGAAGAGCGAUAUUUUGCCGGCGUUUUUUGCUGUUGGGUUGGCGGAGAGGGCGGAGACUGAGAGGGGGCGGGUGAGUGAUGUUGGGUUUUCUCCAGAGGUGAAGAAGAACGGGGCGAAGCCGGAGGAGAGCUUUGCUUUGAUGGGAGAGCUGCAGAAGACGCAGAAGGGGAAGUGGGUUUUGGAGGGCUUGUAUAGGAGGAGGUGA